GCUCUGCCAGAAAGCUAUAAUAACUGGGAGGUCUUUUAAGCCUGGUUAGCUUACUAGUGAAUGACUGGAAAGACAGGUAUAGAGCGUACACCGGCGCUGCUACUCAGGUAUUAAAUAUGUCACUAUGUGUGAUCCAGGUUGCAGUGCUCUUAGUAACCUUUUUCUGCAGUCACGUGGAGGGAAAGCGAGAUCCAAUCACAUAUUGUGGAGCCUGCAGGGCACUGGUAGAUGAGCUGCAGCAUGAAAUUAGGAAAGUGAACCCGAGUAAGACAAUUGACGUGGGGUCAUUCAGGAUAAGUCCGGAUGGAACACAGGUACAGAAUAAGGUUGCCUUAGUGAAAUCCGAAGUAUACCUAACAGAAGUUUUGGAAAGCAUAUGUGAAAAAAUGGAUGACUACAGCCUAUAUUAUGACCCUAAGACGAAAGAAAAGUCAUUCAAAAGGUUUGCACCAAGAGAUAGCGAAGGUCUUCCUUCACUAGACUUCAACAAUUUCCAAUUCAAUCCUGGAGAUGGCAGUCCUUUAAAGUUUGCCUGUGAAAGUGUGGUAGAGGAGAAUGAUGAAGAAAUACUUUCACUUGUUACCCAGGAGGCUUCCAAUUUUGCUUACAAGCUGUGCACAGAGAUAGCAGGUUUUUGUAAAGAUAUUCCACACAGCGAACUGUAGAAGACCAAAAAACAUUUUAGAAGAAUUCCCCAUUUCAAAGCAUUACCAUCACUAUAUAGUAUUUUUUUUCCUCAAUCUUGAUUGGUCAUCCUUCGACAUGAGAUACUACAUACCAAAGAUUUUUUGCUGCAAAAUAUUGGACUUGUGUAUAAGCGGUGGUAACUUUUUUUUUUCUAUACCAGUAAAAAGUCUCUUAUUUUUAAACACACUUGGACUUGGUGGUUUUUCACUUACUAAUAAAGUAUAUUUGAAA